AUGACUGCUGUUGUUGCAGCCGCAAGACCUGCCCUGGUAAUCGUACCUGGCAACUUCAGCUUACCUCGCUUCUGGAGCGCCAUCCAGCGGUCGUUUGAAGCCAAGGGCUACCCCGUCGAAGUUAUUCCGCUCCAAUCUUCUCGUGAAGUAAGGAUUGAUCCUGCGCCAGGUUUGGCCGAUGAUGUAAAGGAGGCGCAGUUACUUCUGAACAAGCACAUCAACCAAGGAAAGGAAGUUGUCAUGCUUAUGCAUUCAUAUGGCG